UGCAGUGUAAGCAGUUGGUCGAGCAGAGAGCCAGGACUGUGGUGUGUGGAAAAUGCUAGUGGAGGCAGACAAUGCACUGGUCCGAGGCCUGACCAGCCCUCAGAGGGACAGGCGUCGCCUCACUGCGACAACAGCCCCCGUCUCCCUCUCGUCUUUUUCUUUAUUUUUAACCGCUCCAGCAUGGGCUCGGGGGGUACGCUGAAGUUCGCCCUGUGCGAGGUUCUGCAGUUUGCAGGCCUGUGCGUGCCGCUCUUCAUUGUCAUGCAGAGGUUCGCCGUCAUCGUGGCGAGGGUGAAAACCUCGGCGCAGCCCCCUGGAGACGCCAGCACGGCCUACUGGUUGAUCGUGGCGUCCUCCAUCGCCUACGUCACCUCCACUGCCCUGCUGAUCUGGGUGCCCCUGAAGUACAUGGUCUUCGUGAAAAAGAAGUUUCUCAUUGGGAGGAAGAAGUGGAGGCCUGUUGCACUUGUGUACGUGGUCCUGUCCACAUUGCCCUGCUUUGCCUUCCUUAUCGCCAGCUCUGAGGUCCAGAUAAAUAACAACAUGCAAUAUGAUAUGUUCACGGAGCUCCCUGUGUCACUAGUCCUCUUCUCUCUCAUCUGCAUUGACGUUGUGGAGAGGAUACGGCACUGCAGACUGACGGGCCAGGCUAAUGACAUGGAGAGAGAUGCUGACAUUCCCUCCUCUGUCCUCACACAUGUGGAGCAGGUUACACCAGUGACCCCUAUCUCUCCAGCUGUGCCAGGGCCGGCUGUGCCCGGGCAAGGGGGUUCCACUCCGAUGCAACCGGGGGCAAACCAGCUCGGGGACAGGAACCAGAAUGGAGCAGGCGCUCGACAGGAGACGAACGGGAUGCCAGGCAACCCUGGGAGACCAUUUAGUAUCUCUGGAAUGAGCUCGCCAUCAGUGAGCAGCACGGCGUACCGCAUGUCUCCAUACUCCUACACGGGCCCACUGAGGUUCCUGAGUGCCAGUGACGCCCGAGCGGACGUGUUCGUGGACAGUUUUGUGUUCUGGCUGGAUACGGUGGAGAUGGUGCGGGUGGCAGGACACCCCCUGGUCUACCACUCCGGCUGGGUGUUCCCCAUCUACAUCUUCAGCUACCUGUCCUGCUUGCGUGUGGUGGUCAUGCCCCACAGCCCCUUGCUUUCCUCACUAGGAGUGGCUCUGCAGGACUUGCCCUUUUUCUUUGUGCGCGUCUGCCUCAUUGCCUUCUUCGGCUUCGUCACACCCAUCCUCUAUCUGAUGAAGAACUUGUUGGUGUGCCUGGCCUUUGUCUACUUCAACUUCAUGACCAGGCUGAGGAUCUUCAACACAGAGAGGAUGUUCUUUUAAAACCAACAUAAACACGUAGCGGGGGCAAUAUGUUGGCACCAUAGACUGUAAAUAAACAUGGACAACUUAUCUCCACUUCCUCCGAGACAAAAUAUUACAUUUCAAACGCUGCCAUCUUGCACACUCUGAGAAAAAGCUGUCAUUAACCAAAUUAAAACAGUUUGCACCUCACAAUAAAGUUCUUGCAUUGACAUUUGUUGAUCAUUUCCUAGCCAAGUAAUUUCUUAACUUUCAACCUGAAGUAGUAAAUCAACACUUUGAAACUUGAGCGAGCAGUUAGCAACUUCCAGAUCUUUACAAAAACUUGGAUCAGUAUAGUGUAUGAUAAAGAAUAGUACAAAUGUCGUAAACAAUUAGCGUCCUAGCUAUCACGUAGUUUUUCACAAAGAAUAAAACAACUUACUUUAAAUUACAAAAACAUCGAGGUAAAAAACUUUCGAUAAAGCUAGCCUUGUUAGCGUUAGCAUCACUCAAAGCUUCCUACUUCUCUUUUUACCAGGAAAUACACAAGUAUAUGUUUAUACAUGUGUGUAUGAUGUGUAUAUCAUGCAAAUACAAAUAUAAGAAGACAGAUUACUAAAUCACUGGCGCCUGUAACUGGUACAUGCUGGUGCCACUGAGAUUUCCUGUUGGAUGGAUCACUGCACAGUUCCAUAAAUGUUUUCAAGAAAACACAUUUAGUUGUGACACGGAGUCAGAUUCUAAUGAUAGAAGUUUGACAAAUACUUUUACACUUAGAGAAAGGAGAAUAGACUUAAAACAAACUCAAUAAUGAGUAGCAUGUGCAACCAAACAAAUAUAUGAACUUAUGAAUGCUAUACAAAACAUUGCCCCUGAAUGCAUCAUGGUUUGCGGAGGCCAAAACUGAGCUUUUAGGCAAUGUAUUCUCACAAUGGACAUUAUGUGUAUGACUGUUUUGUGUUUACCCCUCAAAGCCCUCUCCCACGGCACGUUGACUUUCCUUUGAUGUCACUCGAGACGUUUGACAGACUUUUUUCUACCAUCAUAAAGUGCAGUGAAUAUGUGAAAACAUAUAUCCAUGUUUUUUUAUUAUAGGUUUUUCUCUGAUAAGUUAUUUUCCCAAAAAAGAAAAACAAGGUGUGAGAUUGUAUCGUUGAUACGUAUAUUUUGGUAAGGUAAAUAAAGAACGGUAAUUCAAAUGUGAUUGAAGUUUCACUCUUAUGAUCAUGAUAUUAUGUUGACGUGAAUUAUAGGUUCAGUGUAUUUGUGGAGUUUUUGACCCCAUUUAAUCC